AUGCCACACGAGCCAGUGAUUGAUAGCAAGAGCGAAAAUUUCCGAGGAAAGAGCACAAGCCAACACGACAAGCACAACAAACUUGAAGCGAUAGUAAAAUGGACCAUGAACGGUACAUUGCGGGUGCAUCCAGGAUUGACAUUUGAUCUCCAAUAUCAUGCCACGUACAACUCGGCAUUCUUUAAACUGCGAGCUCUAGUAGUCAAGAAGGAAAACUCAACUACCGAUCAAGUCCCCAUUUUUGUAUUCCUCGCGCCUGAAGUUAUCCAAACCUUGUCUCAUGAUUGCAAGCAUGCAAACGAGCUCGGUCCAGAUACCGUGUGCUUCCGCUUCCACAUGAAGAGUGGCAACGCUCCUUCUCUUGUCGUGCCCAAAGAUAUGGACCUAUCAUCCGUCACCUGGAAGAACAAACAGUCUAGUGAUGUAUGGGAAUCUUUACGGUCAUUAGUACACGCAUCGAGUUUUGAUGUUUUUUGUCGCCUGCCUAGGCGAGCCAUGUCCGAAGCCCGUGUAGGAUCGCUUUGCGAUGCGCUGUCCAGCUCACAAGUGGUCUCCACGCCUGGCUACGCUGACCUCGCGGGUCUCUAUGGAGGCAAAGGUGGGAAAUUGGUCCAGCUUGAGGCUGGGGCCAUGGAAUGCGUCUCAGACGACUCUCCGCCGGCAUAUGGUGAUCUUGAGCCCGGACCACCAAUGCCACCAGUCCUUCCGGAAAAGGCUUCUAACAAACGCCGACGGGGAAACUCUGAUAUUGAACCUCCGCGGACAUGCCAGGAACCUGUGAACGACUUGGAAGCUACUGUGGCCUGGUUAGUGACUGAGUUGAAGGAACACAAGAUCAGAGAAGCAUUCAUUGCAGCACAAUUGAAAGAGUGUAAGGCGGAAUUGCAGGAAUACAAGGCGAGGGAAAGCUCCCUGAAGUUGGAACUGGAAGAAGUCAAAGCUGAAGUUGCCAAAUCAAGCCGUGAUCACGAGCGGCAGCACGAUCGCCUUAGCUCAGUCGAGACUCAACUUACCAAACUCGAUGAUCUGCAAGAACGGCAAGGCGUUGUUGAGGCAAAACUUGAUGAAUUGGAUGAUGAUCUGGAGGUUAGGGUAGAUUGUAGGGUAGAAGAGACGCUAGAUCAGACACUAUCAAGUAGAAUACAAGGUGUUUUGGAAGGGGUCACCCUUUCUGCGCGUUUCUAA